CGGGCCCGGCCGGCUGCUGGAGACCCCGGGCCGGGCCCGCGCCGCCAUGGCCCUGGUGACCCUGCAGCGCUCUCCCACUCCCAGCGCCGCGUCGUCCUCCGCCAGCAACAGCGAGUUGGAGGCUGGCAGCGAUGAAGAGCGGAAGGUAAACCUUAGCUUGAGCGAGAGCUUUUUCAUGGUGAAAGGAGCGGCCCUCUUCCUACAGCAGGGAAACAGCCCCCAGGGCCAACGGAGUCUUCAGCACCCUCACAGACAUGCAGGUGACCUGCCUCAGCACCUCCAAGUGAUGAUCAACCUCCUCCGCUGUGAAGACAGGAUCAAGCUGGCCGUGCGCCUAGAGAGCGUCUGGACUGACCGUGUCCGCUACAUGGUCGUGGUGUACACCAGCGGGCGCCAGGACACUGAGGAGAACAUCUUGCUGGGAGUUGACUUUUCCAGUGAGGAGAGCAAGAGCUGCACCAUCGGGAUGGUUCUCUGCCUCUGGAGCGACACCAAGAUCCACCUGGACGGGGAUGGCGGGUUCAGUGUGAGCACGGCAGGCAGGAUGCACAUAUUCAAGCCCGUGUCAGUCCAGGCCAUGUGGUCUGCCCUGCAAGUGCUUCACAAGGCCUGUGAAGUGGCUCGGAGGCAUAACUAUUUCCCUGGGGGCGUGGCACUCAUCUGGGCCACCUACUAUGAGAGCUGCAUCGGCUCCGAGCAGAGCUGCAUUAACGAGUGGAACGCCAUGCAGGACCUGGAGUCCACGAGGCCCGACUCCCCAGCGCUGUUUGUGGACAAGCCAACCGAAGGCGAAAGAACCGAGAGGCUUAUUAGAGCCAAACUCCGAAGCAUCAUGAUGAGCCAGGACCUUGAAAAUGUGACUUCUAAGGAAAUCCGCAAUGAGCUAGAGAAGCAGAUGAACUGCAACCUGAAGGAAUUCAAGGAGUUCAUCGAUAACGAGAUGCUGCUCAUCCUGGGCCAGAUGGACAAACCCUCCCUCAUCUUCGACCAUCUUUAUCUUGGCUCCGAGUGGAACGCAUCCAAUCUGGAGGAGCUGCAGGGCUCAGGGGUUGACUACAUUUUAAACGUCACUAGAGAAAUAGACAAUUUCUUCCCUGGCUUGUUUGCUUAUCAUAACAUCCGUGUCUAUGACGAGGAGACCACAGACCUUCUUGCGCACUGGAACGAAGCAUAUCAUUUUAUAAACAAAGCGAAAAGGAACCAUUCCAAAUGUCUGGUCCACUGCAAGAUGGGCGUCAGCCGGUCUGCGUCCACGGUCAUAGCCUAUGCCAUGAAGGAGUUUGGCUGGCCCCUGGAGAAAGCAUACAGCUACGUGAAGCAGAAGCGCAGCGUCACGCGGCCCAACGCGGGCUUCAUGAGGCAGCUGUCUGAGUACGAAGGCAUCCUGGAUGCCAGCAAGCAGCGGCAUAACAAACUGUGGCGCCAGCAGCCUGUGGACGACGCUGCAGCAGAGCCCAGUGAGUUCUUGCCAGAGACGUUGGAUGGAGCCCUGGACACCCGGCCACCGUGCUUGGAUGAUGCCACCCAGCCUGAGCUCCCGGGGAGCCAGGCCCCAGGAGGACCUGCUCUCCCCUGUUGCUUCCGAAGACUCUCAGACCCUCUCCUCCUCCCCUACCAUGAUGACAUGGGUGGCCUGGUCCACUUAGAGGAUCUUGAGAGAGAUGCUCUGACGGAGGACACGGCUCAGCUAGUGGACCUGUGUAAGCUAGCUCAGCAUCCCCAGGAAGGGGCCAGGCCGUGUGAAAAGGAUGUAAAGAGGAAACUGGAGUUUGGGAGCCCCAAAGCCCGAGGUGGCUCCUCACCUCGGAGCGAGGAGAUGGAGAAGGACGGUGGCCCGAGAACAGGGAGGUGGAGGCGGGCCUCCACCCAUCUGGACAGACGUUUACUAGACCAGGAAAACCUAAAUAACAACAACAGCAAGAGGAGCUGCCCCGAUGACUCUGAGCGCGGUGCUGUGUUUGGACGCCUCAGUAAAGUGAAACCUUCCUACACAUCCUGUGCUGACUGCAUGUACCCCGCAGCCGGUGGGGCUCCCGAGGCCUUCACGGAACAACAUGAAGACCCCAGUGCUCCUGCUAUCUGCACCCAGCCAGCCUUUCUACCUGACGCCACGUCUUCCGCAACAGCCCACACAAGCAGCAGGUCCCGAGCUCCAGAGAGACAGGCCUCUGGUCCGGUCACCCCUCCACUCCUACUACCAGCAAGCCCGAGGAAGCCAGACGUCAGUGGCUCUGGAGCCGGGGCUGCCCCAGAACCACCAGCAAGCAUUCUAGAACCUUCCAGAGAGACCUCAAAAGUCCUUCCAAAAUCCAUCCCGUUGAAGAAUUCUCACUGUGAUAAGAGCGCUGCCAACGUGGAUGUGGUCAGGGAAGACCUGUCAGCUAAGAAAGAUGCGAAGCCAGCUAAGGAGCUGAGGCUGCUGUUCAGUGGCGAGGUGGAGAAGCUGAGCACCAACAGCUACCUGACGCAGCACCAGGAGUCCAUCAUCCAGCUGCAGAAGGCCGGCUUGGUCCGGAAGCACACCAAAGAGCUGGAGAGGCUGAAGGGCCUGCCUUCAGACCCCCCGGCCACCUGCAGGGACAGCGCUGCCAGCAGGCUGGAGGCCAGCAUCCCCGAGGAGGCCCAGGAACCCGGAUACCCAGCCCUGUGCGGCCAAGCGGUGGCCGAAGAGAAACCUCUGGAAGGAGCCUUGGUAAAGAGUCCUAGUGCUACCCUCCUCCGCCUAGAUCACACCAGUAACUUCUCGAAAGACUUCCUGAAGACUGUGUGCUACACCCCCACCUCCUCCUCCAUGAGCUCCAACCUGACCCGGAGCUCCAGCAGCGACAGCAUCCACAGUGUCCGCGGGAAGCCCGGGCUGGUGAAGCAGCGGGCGCAGGAGAUCGAGACGCGGCUCCGCCUGGCGGGCCUCACCGUAUCCUCCCCUCUGAAGCGAUCCCACUCCCUCGCCAAGCUGGGAAGUCUCAACUUCUCCACGGAGGACCUGUCCAGUGAGGCGGACACGUCCACCAUCGCCGACUCGCAGGAUGCCAAGUGCGGCCACUCUUCCUUCUUGCCUGAACCCCAGGCUGCACUGAGGGACCCUGCUGCCACCUCCAAGCCAUCAGGGAAAUCUGCCCCAGAAAACUUGAAAAGCCUGUUGAGGGUGAACAAAAGCUGACCCGCUUCCAGCUCUGUGACACUGAGGCUUUCAUAUCGUCUUGACCACCCUCUUGAUUUGUGUUAACAACUUCAGGAACCCAGGCUCUCCCGGCUCUUACCAAAGAGUAGGGGGGAGGAACGGAAGUAACAGAAAUGUGAAGAAGGGGCGUGGGCCUGGGCACCCUGGAAACUGUCAGUCGGAGGCACACAGCUUCUGAUCCUCGUUCAUAUAUGCACACACAGACUGGGGUGUGUGUCUCGGUUGUUAAGAGUGCGUGCCUACCACACACCAAGCCCUAGGGCUGACCCCCAGCAUCCCAUUAGACCAGGCAUGGUUGUGCACACCGUAAUCCCAACACUGGAGGUGGAGACAAAAGGAUUAGAAGUUCAAAGUCAUCCAAAGACACAUAAGGUGGUGUGUUUUGGACUAGCCUGGUGGAGAGGAGAAAUAAAAAUGUGCACAUACAAAAUACUUAAUUUGCAACAUGUAAGAAGAGUUGUGGU